UCUUACUCUCUAACAUUUUUUCUUCUGUAUUUUUUAGUUAUUUUUAAAAACAGAUAAUAGGUUUCCGUUCAAAAUUGUUUUGAUGCAUCAUGCACUCAAUCUGAUAAAACCAGCUCACUGUCCCCAUUUUACGACUUUCGAAACGAGUCAACGCACUCCAUCAUUUAAAAAAAUUACUUAUUUCGACUCUUACCCCUAUCAAACUGUCACUCCUAGUCAGUCAAACAUUCCACUUGCAUGCACACACAACCACAAUCUUAUCAAGCUCCAGAGCAGACGCACAUGAGGAUCGAAAAUAGGAGAAUAGAGGCUGGAAAAGGCGGGACUAACCUACUUCUUAUCAUUGAAUCGAGAGUUGACACUCUCUCAAUCAAUCUUCCGACACUUUAUUCUUUGUUAUUCACAACUAAUAUAACUAUACUAAUGAGUGCUCCUCAACACCGUCAACUCCGUCGUGCAGCACAUAUUACGAAAAUCGCGUCAAUCGAUUUAUGUAGUCUCGAAGAAGAGGAUCAUGAGGAUCUUGUUCUCGAAGAAUCUGGGCAUCAUCCAUCGGAUAUUCAAAAUGAAAAACCAAAUCGUCCACCAUAUUCCACACUAAUUCGUAAACGAUCCGGUAAAGUGUUUCGGUUCGUUCGCCCAAAGCUUGCCGAUUUAUGGCAUUCUCGAUAUCACGAAGCAAGUUUUGAUCUCGGGCGUCGGCUCGGAAUUGGCAGACGAACACAGUCCUGUUGUGAAGAUGUAUGCGAUGAAGAGGUAUCCGUCGAGACUAUGGCCAUCACAGCGUUGCCGAUGGAUGUUUGGCUGAAAGAACGACUCAAGAAAUGGGUGCAGUUAUCAGGACAUGAAGGAAGCAUUGUACCCGCCACGCCUCAUACGUUAUACAAGAAACAGUGUGCAAAUUGUGGAGAAGGAAGAGCUUAUAAGAAUAUUUCAAAAGACCCAGCACUUGAUGGAUUCACACCUAAAUAUUAUGAUGAACUGGAGAAAAAUGAAGAGCAUUUUAUCGAAAUCGAAGAUCUCCUGCAACAGUUCCAUGACCCCACAAAAACCGCAAUUAUGGACAUCAAAAUCGGAACAAGGACAUUUUUGGAAUCAGAAGUAUCAAACACCAAAAAACGGGCUGAUCUUUACGAAAAAAUGGUUGCGAUUGAUAAUGACGAGCCGACAGAAGAGGAGAGAAAGUGUGGAGCAAUCACAAAAUUACGAUACAUGCAGUUUAGGGAACGAGAGAGCAGCACUGCACAGCUCGGAUUUCGAAUUGAGGCAGCCAAGAGGCUCGAAGGCGCAUUGGAGAAAAACUUCAAAAAAGUACGAACAGUUGAAGAUGUCACAACUACAUUUAUGGACUUCUUUGGAACUCAAAGAAGCCGUGUAAGACAACAAUUAAUUGAACGACUGAAAUCAAUGCGAAAAGCCAUCGAACAUUCAUCAUUCUUCAAUUCACAUGAAGUCGUCGGAAGCAGUAUUCUGAUUGUUUUUGAUACGGAAAAAGUGGGAUGCUGGAUGAUUGACUUUGCAAAGAGUUCACCGGUUCCUAAUGGACGAACACUAAACCAUCGGACGACGUGGAUACCUGGGAAUAAUGAAGAUGGGUAUUUGAUAGGAAUCGAUAAUUUAGUCAAGAUUCUCGAAGAACUCCCCGAGUACGGAGAACAUCCUGAUGACCAGUUAAUGGUCACAGAGGAAGUGAUUGCCAGAAUGAAAAAUACGAAAUCGUAGAAGCUUCUACCUCCUUGGAUUACUGUAGAUAGAUGAAAGUGUGUGUCUCUUCAUAUUCCGCCAUAAUAAUUUCUGUGAUUCCCCACCGCUCCUCCACAAAAUCCUCAUCCGUGUACAAUUUGCUAUUAUUCAAUUUUACACCCCCUCCAGCCAGUCCUUGUUUUUGUUGGUUUUUUGAAAAAGAAAAUAGAUUUUUUGAAAAAGAAAAUAGAUUUUCACUUUUUAAUCUAUCGCUUUCCCCUUCUCUUUUCCUUUACCAUGGCAUAAUCCCUAGACUUUCUUCUUACUUUCAGUUGUUUUUUUUGUUCCAUUGUGUACGAUCCGAGUAAUGGAUUAAUUGAUUGGGUACAAUUUGUAUAUUUUUAUUCUCAAAUGAAGAGAAAUUUUUGAAAUGU